AUCCAUUCAAAUUAACACUGGAAUAAACUCUUAUAAGGUUACAGGAAUGGCUAAAGAAAAAACUCAGUGGAAGGAGUUUUUAGAGGUAGUGAGUACUCUGCAAUGGGUACUAUCCUUUCUCUUCUUAGGAGUGGCCUGUAUUAUCUUGAUGGUGUACCUUAUGUUUACCUCAUUGUGGCCGCUUCCCACUCUGUACUUCAUAUGGCUGGUGAUUGACUGGGACACCCCUGAAAGAGGGGGCAGGAGAACAGCAUUUGUGAGAAACUGGAGAGUUUGGGAGCACCUCAGAGAUUUUUUUCCAAUUAAAUUGGUGAAGACGGCUGAGCUGAAUCCAAACAAAAACUACAUCUUAGGUUGUCAUCCACAUGGCAUCAUGAGUGCUGGAGCCUUUACCUGCUUCAGCACAGAGAGUUGUGGCUUCACCGAGGUGUUUCCUGGAGUGCGAGCCUCCCUGGCGAUACUGGCUGGACUUUUCAGGAUACCACUCUUUAGGGAGUACAUAAUGAGCGCAGGUCUUUAUCCAGUCAGCAAAGCGAGCCUCAUCCACCUCCUCUCGAAAAGCGGCAAGGGGAAUGCGGUGGUGAUUGUGAUAGGCGGUGCUGCCGAGUCUCUGGCAUCCUCUCCUGGAGUCAACACAGUGGUCAUGAGGCAGAGAAAGGGAUUUGUCAGGAUCGCCCUGGAGUUUGGGGCUGAUCUGGUGCCUGUUUACUCAUUUGGGGAGAAUGAGCUUUUUCGACAGGUGAUUUUGUCAGAGGGUAGUCUAGGUCGGAAGUUACAGGACCUGUUUAAAAAGAUCAUGGGUUUCGCCCCGUGUCUUUUUGUUGGUGAGCACAUGGCUUUCCUGCCCUACAAGAGUCCCAUCACCACUGUUGUGGGAAGUCCAAUCUCUGUGCCAAGGCGUGCCACACCUACUGAGGAGGAGGUCGACCACUAUCAUGGUCUUUACAUGGAGGCCCUGUCCAAGUUAUUCCAUGAUCACAAGGUCAGCUGUGGACUUUCUGAAAGUCACAAGCUUAAGAUCAUUUAGACAUUUCACUUCCAAAUGAACUACAUAGCAGUUUUUCUCUGCUGCUUUUAGCGGGGCUCAGCAUGAAUGUUGGUGUGGAUCUGAUGUGAUGCAGGUGUCUUUGUUCAUACUGUAAGUUCUGACUGUAUUUGAAAAUAUUUAAAUGAAUUUGUGCUUUGAAUAAUUAAGAUGUGAUGCCCAGUAUGAGGGGAAGUGUGUUCCCAAAGCAGUGAAUGUCUUGGUAUGCUAUCUUUGUCAUUAUCAUAUUUAAAGAUCGGUGCAUUUCUAACGUGAUUACAGGGUAGCUAAAAAGGUUUGCUGAAAAGA